GCUUGUUCACUUUGUCUUUACUAUAAAUUGUUAUAGCAGUAAACAAAUAUAUAUCAGAUGUGUUUGAAUAUAUGAUAAUAAGAUAUCCAGUCUUCAGUCAUGCUGAGUGUGAUGAUAUGUCAAUUCUCCAGAGGUGAUGUUACACACCUCCUCAUAGCCACAGUUCCAUCUGUGUGCAACAGAUAUAGAGAGAGAACCUUUGAGUCUGUUCAGUGUAGUGAUUGAAUUAGUCAUACAUCACUUGAAUGAACAAAGAAUGGAAAACACCUCUGUCUCUUUUUACUUCAACCUCACCCUGUUCAUCAACAUUGGACACUACCGCUACCCUGCCUUCGCCCUGUGCCUCCUGCUCUACAGCUUUAUCGUGGCUGCCAAUCUGGCCAUUAUAUGUGUAAUACUCCAGGAGAGCACGCUUCAUGAGCCCAUGUAUAUUUUCAUCGCCUUUUUGACUCUCAACUCUCUGUAUGGCUCUGCUGGUUUCUUUCCCCGGUUCCUCGUGGACCUCUUGUCUGACACUCAUUUCAUCUCGCGUCCCGCUUGUUUAACGCAGAUCUUCGUUAUUUACACGUACGCCUCCUGUGAAAUGUCCAUUCUCAGCAUCAUGGCGUAUGAUAGAUACGUGGCAGUGUGUCAUCCUUUGCACUACCACAGAAAGAUGUCCUUUAAAAGCGUCUGCGCGUUGGCCUUUUUUGCCUGGGUCUUUCCGGCCUGUAACCUCACAGUGAGCACCGUGACAAUGGUCCGUCUGCCUCUGUGUGGUACCGACAUACAGAGGGUUUACUGUGCCAGCUGGAAUAUUGUGAAAUUAUCAUGCGAUAGCACUGCCGUCAACAGUGUUGUUGCCAUGCUGGCGGCCAUAAUAAUAGCCUUCGUACCAUUCGGGUUUAUUUUGUACACGUACGUGAGGAUUAUCAUGGCUUGUUGGAAAAACUCGUCCGAGGUCAAGGGGAAAGUCCUACAGAGUUGUCUUCCACACGUUAACUCAUUCGUGGCCUAUUCCAUCACGUCCUUCACUGAUACUGCUUUGAGCAGACAGAAUCUUGAGGAGCUGAAUCCAUUCGUGGCUGUAAUCUUGUCGCUGGAGUUUGUUGUCAUUCCUCCUUUACUGAAUCCUCUUGUUUAUGGGCUGAAGUUGCCAGAGAUCAGAAGACACGUUUUCAUGAUGUUCAAUUUAAAACUCAAAGCAAAGAAGGUUUUGUCUAGAAAGUUACCAGAAUCCCAACUGAUCCACAAUCUCUGAUAAGCACAAACAAAACACCACCACUGUGGCAACUAAUUAAGUUUAAGUGCAAUUCAUGCAUGUUUCAUGAAUGUUUUCAUGAUGUCUGAAGAAAAAGCAGAUUAUGUGAAAAAACUCACUACUUCAGUAAAUAAACACUUUAUUGCAGUUUUGCCUGUAUUACCAAUACAUUCUUCUAUGAUCUGGCCACUCGUAAUGAAUUAAAGUGAAUGAAUUAAAGCCUUUUUACUUUGAAAACCUACUUUACUUUUCUGUUUUACUGUCACCUGUUGCUCAGGUGGGGUUAAUUGUGUUUUAUGUGUAACUGUGAAUUGAAUCAAGCCUUGUUGUUUAAUUUUAUGUAAAAUAGUGUAUAUUAACAGCAUCUUUUAAGUGGAACAUCAAGUCACUGACAUUAUAGCACAAGAUAAAAUUCA